UCUUUGAAGUCUUAGUGCGUUGUUGGAUUCUGUUCCAGUUCGCUGACAAAUUUGAGGUUGUUAUUUGAAUUAUUUGCUAUGAAAAUUUGAUUUUAUACUUACGUUAAUUGAUAUUUGCUUUAUAUUCGUAUAAUAAUCAGUUGAAAUGGCAGUGAACGUGUACUCAACAAAUGUGACCACUGAGAACCUGAGCCGACAUGACAUGCUGGCUUGGGUCAACGACUGCCUUCACUCCCAGUUCGCCAAAAUAGAAGAGUUGUGUACCGGUGCGGCGUACUGCCAGUUCAUGGACAUGUUGUUUCCUGGGAGCGUACCUCUAAAACGAGUUAAGUUCAGGACCAAUCUGGAACAUGAAUACAUACAAAACUUCAAAAUUUUACAAGCGGCAUUCAAAAAAAUGAGUGUAGAUAAGGUAAUACCUGUCGAUAAACUGAUAAAAGGAAGAUUUCAGGAUAAUUUUGAGUUUCUACAAUGGUUCAAGAAGCUGUUUGAUGCCAACUACGACGGGAGAGAGUAUGAUGCGUACGAGGCUCGGGGAGGGAUCCCACUGGGGAGUGGGUACCAGGACAACCCGGGCUUCCAGGCACCUCCCCCUCCCCGUGUUCCGGUCAAGGCUCCCACCGCCUCGCGUAUCAUCCAGAAACAGCAGGUGCCCAAGGCACAACAGAAUCGAGUGGCUCCCACUGUGAGACAAACACAGGCCAUGCGAGGGGGAGAUGCUGGGAAGAUAGAGGAGCUUACUGCCAAGAUGAUGGAAAUGAAUGUAACAGUCGAAGGUCUUGAGAAGGAGAGAGAUUUCUAUUUUGGCAAACUCCGAGCAAUCGAGGUUUUAUGUCAAGAGCAAGAAGGAGAGAACACUGUAUUAACAAAAAUUUUAGAUAUAUUAUAUGCUACAGAAAGGGUUGAAGCAGAUAGACUACAGUGA